AUGGGUUUCUCUUUCAAGGGCUUGACCACCAGUGCUCUGGUAAACGGCGCAGUGCCCAAUCAGCACGCCAACGAGAAGGACAUUGCUGAUAUUCCUGCUGCCGUUGAUGGCCACGCCAGCAUGGAUGUCUCCCGCUUUCCAGACGAGAAAAUCGGCGCUCCCAGGUCUCCAUCAUCCAUGUCCGCAUCUGAUGAUGAGUCUCUGAACAAGGUCGACACCCACGCCGAACAGGGUGUUCAGGCCAUCCAGGCCGCCACCUUCGUUUGGACCAAGAAUGAUUUGAUUCUGGCCUAUGUCUUCAUGUGGCUCAUCCAGUUCAUGAUGUCCUUCUUCUCUGGUUGUGUCGGUACCCUUACACCCUAUGUCACUUCUUCCUUCCAGGAGCACUCGCUCACUGCUCUGACUGGUGUCAUCUCCGGUCUCGUCGCUGGCCUCUGGAAGCUGCCCUACGCCAAGAUCAUGAACAUCUGGGGAAGGCCAUGGGCGCUUUGCCUCGGUGUCAUCUGCUACAUUAUGGGUCUCAUCAUGAUGGCUGCUUGCGAGAACGUCCAGACAUACUGCGCUGCCUACACCUUCUACUACAUGGGCUACAACUCGAUUGAUUUCUCAAUGACCGUCUUCAUUGCCGAUACCUCUAAGCUUAAGAACCGAGCCCUCUUCAUCGGCUAUGCCUCAUCGCCUUGGCUCAUCACCACCUGGGUGUACGGAUUUGCUGUCAACCGCAUCAUUGCUCCCGGUGGCAUUGGCUUCAAGUGGGCAUUUGGUAUCUUCACCAUUAUCGCACCCUUCGUGUGCGCUCCCUUGAUCGCUAUGUUCUUCAUCAACCAGAACAAGGCCAGGAAGCAGGGUCUGAUUACUCCUAACCCUAGCCGUGGCACAUUCGGCCAGACUGUCAUGUACUAUCUCAAGGAGUUCGAUGUUGUUGGUAUCUUGAUCCUUGCUCUCGGUCUCGCCCUCUUCCUCCUCAGUUUCAACCUCUACGCCUACCAGAAGGACCAGUGGAAGUCUCCGAUGAUCAUCUGUUUCAUCAUCUUCGGCGCUAUUCUCAUCGGCUGCUUCGCUUUGUAUGAGAAGUACCUCGCACCUGUCACCUUCAUCCCGUGGUACUUGCUGAAGAACCGCACUGUCAUCUUCACCUACACUAUGGCCGCUUCGAUCUACAUUGCCUGGUAUAUCUGGGACUCUUACUUCUACUCCCUCCUGGUCGUACUGUUCAACCAGCCAGUCGUCCACGCGAUCUACAUCACCAACACAUACACCAUGGGCUCGUGUACUAUGGCCAUCAUAUUCGGUCUUAUGCUCCGCAAGUACGGAAAGCUCAAGAUGUACGCUCUGUUCUUCGGUGCACCCAUCACAAUCCUCGGCUGUGGUCUCAUGAUCAAGUUCCGCCAGCCCAACGUCAACAUCGGCUACAUUGUCAUGUGCCAGAUCUUCAUCGCUUUCGGUGGUGGCGUCCUCGUCGUCGCUGAGCAGACCACCCUCAUGGCCGUUUCCAAGCAGCAGGAUUUCCCCGCUCUCCUUGCCGUCGAGUCUAUGAUCAUUUCAAUCGGCGGUGCCAUUGGCUCAACCAUCGCUGGCGCCAUCUGGACCGGCGUCUUCCCUGCUCGCCUCGCGGUGAACCUUGCCGGCACCAGCGCCUAUGACAACAUCGCCACCAUCUACGGCGACAUGACUGUACAGGCCAGCUACGCCUGGGGUUCUCCCGAGCGCGAUGGCAUCAACCUAUCCUACGCCCAGACCCAGCGCUACAUGCUCAUCGGCGGUACUUGUGUCUACGCCACCAUGCUCGUCUCCAUCGCUCUGUGGCAGAAUGUCGAUGUCAAGACGAUGAAGCAGAGGACCAUUGGUCUCUUGUAA